CAAUGGUCUAAAAUGAGACAUUGCCGUGGCUUUUCUUCUUCACUCUGCUUGCAUCCACUCGCCGGUGUGUACUGUCUGACAUAGUCCGACUCCCUAACCCUCCACGUUGUUCAUCUGUUGUGUUUUUAAUCAAUAAACGCUGUGGAAAUGAGUGGGGACCAUUCCCACAACGAGGAUCAGAUUGAUUGUGGCUCCCGGGUCAAUGACUCCCACAAGCAUAAAGACAAGUACAAAGAGAAGGAACAUAAACAUAAGGACCACAAGAAAGAUAAGGAACGGGAUAGAUCCAAGCAUGGCAACAGUGAUCACAAACACAAAGACAAGGAAAGGGAGAAGGACAAGAUGAAGCACAAAGAUGGCAGUGCAGACAAAUACAAGGACAAGCACAAAGAGAAGAGGAAGGAAGAAAAGAUUAAAUUGGAAGACGGAAAGGUGAAAAAAGAAAAUGGCUUUGCAAGCCCUCAACAUGUGAAGUCUGAGCCUGAAGACGACUUUUACCUUCCUCCUAAACAUGAGAAGUCUCUAAAACGAGAACGCGAUGACGAUGUAGACUAUGACAUUAAGCCGAAGAAAAUCAAAACUCAAAAUGACAAGAAGCCCAAGAAAAGGAAACUAGAAGAGGACACAAAGUCAAAGAAGACAAAAAACAAAAAAGGUGAAGUGACUGAAGGAAAGAAAAAGGCAAAGAAUGAACCAGAGGAUAAAUGGAAAUGGUGGGAAGAGGAGAGAUACACUGAUGGUGUCAAAUGGAAGUUUCUGGAACACAAAGGACCAGUGUUUGCUCCACAAUAUGAACCUCUGCCUAGCCAUGUCAAAUUUUAUUAUGAUGGUAAGCCAAUGAAGCUAAGUCCAGAAGCUGAAGAAGUGGCGACUUUCUUUGCAAAGAUGCUGGACCACGAGUACACCACCAAGGAUAUUUUUCGCAAAAACUUUUUUAAAGAUUGGAGGAAGGAAAUGUCUACAGAUGAAAAGGCAAAGAUAACAGACCUGAAAAAAUGUAACUUCACUGAAAUGUCAGAAUAUUUUAAGGCACAGUCUGAAGCCAGAAAGGCAAUGUCCAAGGAGGAGAAGCUGAAAAUUAAAGCGGAAAAUGAACGCAUCUUGCAAGAGUAUGGCUUCUGCAUUAUGGACAACCAUAAAGAGCGUAUUGCUAACUUCCGCAUUGAACCUCCGGGAUUAUUCCGUGGCCGUGGAGACCAUCCUAAAAUGGGCAUGCUGAAACGCCGCAUUAGACCUCAAGACAUCAUCAUCAACUGCAGCAAAGACUCAAAGUAUCCGGAGCCACCUCCAGGCACAAAGUGGAAAGAAGUUCGUCAUGACAACAAGGUGACCUGGCUGGUGUCGUGGACGGAAAACAUACAAGGCUCCAUCAAGUACAUCAUGCUCAACCCGAGCUCCAGGAUCAAGGGUGAAAAGGACUGGCAGAAAUAUGAGACCGCCCGUAGACUGAAAAAAUGUGUGGACCGUAUCAGGAACCAGUACCGUGAGGACUUCAAAUCCAAGGAAAUGAAGAUUAGACAAAGGGCUGUGGCACUCUACUUCAUUGACAAGCUGGCUCUGAGAGCAGGCAAUGAAAAGGAGGAAGGAGAGACGGCAGACACUGUGGGCUGCUGCUCCCUGAGAGUGGAGCACAUCAAUCUUCAUCCAGAGAAUGAGGGUCAGGAGUAUGUAGUGGAAUUCGACUUCCUCGGUAAAGACUCCAUUCGUUACUACAACAAAGUUCCUGUUGAGAAAAGGGUAUUUAAGAACCUUCAGUUGUUCAUGGAGAACAAGGAACCUGACGAUGAUCUGUUUGAUCGUCUUAAUACCUCUAUUCUGAACAAGCACCUCCAGGAGCUCAUGGAUGGACUGACAGCCAAAGUGUUCCGUACUUACAACGCCUCCAUCACUCUGCAGCAGCAGUUGAAGGAGCUCACAAAUGCGGAUGAAAACGUUCCAGCAAAGAUUCUGUCCUACAACAGAGCCAACAGAGCUGUGGCCAUCCUGUGUAACCACCAGAGGGCUCCACCUAAAACCUUUGAAAAGUCUAUGCAGAAUCUGCAGACCAAGAUUGAUGCUAAAAGGGACCAGCUUUCUGAUGCCAGAAGAGAACUGAAGAGUGCGAAAGCAGAUGCCAAAAUACGAAAAGAUGAAAAAUCCAGAAAGGCCGUGGAGACGAAGAAGAAAGCCGUUCAGAGGAUAGAAGAGCAACUGAUGAAGCUGGAGGUUCAGGCAACAGACCGUGAGGAGAACAAGCAGAUUGCCCUUGGAACGUCCAAGCUCAACUAUCUGGACCCCCGCAUCUCUGUGGCCUGGUGCAAGAAAAACGGCAUUCCCGUCGAAAAGAUCUACAAUAAAACCCAGCGUGAGAAGUUUGCCUGGGCCAUUGACAUGGCAGAUGAAGACUAUGAGUUUUAAAAUCCCAGUCUGUGUUUUUAACUUGAUACACUAUUUUUUUAGCUCAACUGAUUUUAUUUGUUUUUAAUUUUGCUCCGUGGUCAGAUCUGGUCAGAGUUUGAUCAAACCUGAGCAGAAUCGCAGCAGCGACAUGGUAAGAUUGGAUGAGGCUGUCAUAAAGUGGUAGCAGGGGGUUAUGGGUAACAUACAUCUGAUCUAAAGUCAGAUAUUAUGGCUGACCUGCAUACCCACAGCUGUUCGAAGGCAAAAGCUGACUGGCAGGAAAUUAUGAAAUCUAUUGUCCUUUGCCCUUCUGCCCUUUGAGAGCAAGAACGUUCACCCUGUGGUCCCACAGCUACUGGAAUGAGAAAAAUGGAGAAAUAAUGCUUUGUAUCGUUUUCUUUGAUCAUUCGCUCUGCAUUUUAUCCCUGCCAUGUAUUAUUGAUGAAUUCUAUAUUUUAAUAGACAAAGUUGAAUCAAAUGGAUUGGCUUAAGACCGCCCAACCCCCCCUCUGAGGUAAGGCGAGCCUGACUUUUAAAGUGUGCGAGUGCAUUUGUGUGUUUGAGGGCCUCCACUGGGGGAGCAUCUCUUUUAGGUGAGCAUUUUAAAACUGGACUGUGUAUGAAACGUUGGGCACAGAAAGGAUGACUGAGCAGAGGAGAGAGAAACUGCAUCCAUGUCCAUAUUUACUCCAGCAAGCAGAAUGUGAAUACAUUGUUUUAUAUCCUCUAUCAGGGAAUUUUUUUUUUUUUUAUUUUGGUGUAAAUGUGAACCAAUCAUCAGUAUCCAAUGGAUUAUCAAAGGCCCUCUAAAUCUCUGCGUAGCCCCGUCCACAUCAGGUUUUAACUUAAUUUAAACAAUUUUUUUCCAAGAAAAGAAACCCUUUUUACCUGUUACUUGAAAUAAUGCUAUGAAAUGUAUUUAACGUAUCUAAAUUAAGUGUUUUUUGCUUCCAAUAGGGCUCUGUGAGGGACAUGAACUUUGCCAAAAAAAAAAAAAAAAUUCACCAUUCUGUUACAAUUUCUACCAUUUGUUUUGAGAUGGUGUAAAGACUACGGAAAAUAAUGUAACAUUAAUGUGAAUUCAUUUAUUCCACUUUACAACGUAUAAUAGGAAAGUUGAUGUAAGUAGCUGUAAAGUCAACAUCCUGUUCCUGUUUGACCUUUGUCAUAGCCUUUGAUCAUACUUUUGAGUUAAAUGCUCAUUGUAGGUUGAACAAUUAAUAAAAUCCUACAAAUACA